AUGGCCACUCGUACGCGUCGCCCGCGCGGUCUUUCAGCGAACCACGUGAAUGAGGAGGAGCGGCUUCAGAUGAUCAUGAACGACAAGUCCACUCUGUCGUCGGUGCGGCUGCUGGGCAAGGAGAACUGGGUCAAGAUGGAGGAGCGCCCCAACUGCUUCUACUGCGCGCGCAAGUUCCGCCCGUUCUCCAUUAAGCGCCACUGUCGCUCUUGCGGCGAGGUCGUCUGCUCCAACUGCUACCGGCGACGGAAGGUGAGCGUGACCCCGACGCUGGAAGUCACGGUGCGUCUGUGCUUCGACUGCAUCGACAAAGCCAUGCUGCUAGCCGAGAGCGAGAUCAUCAACGCCAGCACCCCCGCCCCGGAUACCAAGAGGACGUUCCGGGACAGUGUGCAGACGACCAGCACCAGCACGUCGCUAUGCAGUCGCUUCUCGGACUUCUCGUGCUGCGAUAACUGGAGUGACGUUAGUAGUGACAGGAGCGACACCAGUAGUCUCGGUGGCAGUGGCGGCCCCAUCCCGGCCAGUCAGCGCGGCAGUCGGCGCGGAGGUCCCGUGAUCCCGGCCACGGACGUGAUCGAGUUCCUGCCGGAAGAGGAGCAGUUUGAGAUCUACGAAGGCCGCCGCCACGAAAUCCUCGCGAAGUUCAAGGUGCUCGACACCGAGCCAGAGAAGGAAUACGACGCGCUGUGCGAACUCGUCCGUCAAGUAAUGGAGUGCAGCGUGGCGGCGGUGGCGUUCAUGGACCAGACUCGGCAAUGGUACAAGGCGCGAUACGGCAUCGCUCAGGCGGAGCUGCCGCGAGAGAUUUCGUUCUGCUCGCAGCUCCUGCAGACGCCGCUGCCCACCAUCAUCAUGGACGCGUCCAAGGACCCGCGUUUUAGCGAGAACCCUCUCGUCAAGGGCUCGGCCAACAUCAGAUUCUACGCGUCGACCCCAAUCUGCGACCCUGACACGGGGAUUGUCAUCGGCUCGGUGUUCGUCAUGGACCCGAUUCCAAAGCCCAAGCUGCCACUGCGCGCCAUGGAGGUGUUAUCCUACGUGUCUUCAGCAGCUGAGAAGCUUCUGCAAGGCAAAGACCCCUCGCCCGUCCCGUCAUCCGUGAAGCAGAAGAGGAACUCGUCAGCGAGUCGCCGUGAGUCGACGCCGCCAUUCCCGGAAAUCCGUGCUGCAUCGCUGCAAAGUGUACCGGAAGAGGUCGAAGACGGAGACUUCCGCGUCACGCAGCCGAGAUCGAACGCCUCCAGCGUGUCUUCAACCGGCAGCCUGCGCAACAGCCAACGCGGCAGCUUACGCCGAUCAGGCCCGAAGCCUCCGCUGCCAACCCCAACGUCUUCUGGGUCGAGCAAGUCUUCGACCAUGUCCACUUCGAAGCUCAGCAUCACCGAUCUGGUCUCUUCCGAUUCGAAGACCAUGACCACGACGCAGCAGCCGGUCCCUGCCCAGUUCCAGAGCCUCAACUCGUCAUGCAUGGAGAUCUUCAACCGGAUCACGUCGACCCAGCAACUACUGGCACAGCAGCACGAUACCCUGUUGGCCACGCUGACGCAGCACUCGACACGCAUCAGCUCCAUCGAGCAAACUGUGGAUCGGAUUGAAGGCAUCUUGUCCACACAUCGGACCCAGUACAUGCCGCAGCUCGUAGACGCAUCCAGUCGACGGCCGACUGACAUGUAG